AUGACUUCUGUGGUAGUGUCAGAUGGAGGAGGGAACAUAGUGGAGUAUGUCACUGUGGUGGAGGAGGCCCAGCAGGUAUUAAUUCCCUCCUUUCUCACCUCCGCUUUCGUCUGCUUCAUCCCUGUCCACUACGAGCAGCAGACUACUGAGGAGGAGGAGCAUGAAGAGGUGGUUCACCAAGAGGUGGAGGCUGUGAUCAUAGAGGAGGAGGUGGAGGAGGAGGAGGAAGGUGUGGUGGUGCAGGAUGAGGGCUGUCCGGCCGUCAUCGUGGAGGAGGUGCCCAGUGCCCAGGUGGAGGAGUGCUACUCGGCCCAGGUCCUGGUGUACGACGACGGGACCUACCUGAUGCAGGACGUGGCCGAGGAGCAGGAGGUGGUCACAGAGGUGGCCGAGUCUGUGGAGAUGUCGGGCCACGACAUGGUGUGUUUUGACAAAACAUUCGAGGCGGCCGAAGCUCUCCUCCACAUGGAGUCUCCCGGAGGGCUGCACGGCGAGCGCGGCACAGGUGGACGAAAGCCAAAGACGCAUCAGCCCUCUUCAAACGGGUCUUUUGACUUGGGGAUCAAGAAGAGGCCCAGGGAGGGGAAAGGAAACACCACCUAUCUGUGGGAGUUCCUGCUGGAGCUGCUGCAAGACAAAAACACUUGCCCAAGAUACAUCAAGUGGAUGCAGAGGGAGAAGGGCAUCUUCAAACUGGUGGACUCCAAAGCCGUGUCCAGACUGUGGGGGAAACACAAGAACAAGCCCGACAUGAACUACGAGACGAUGGGCAGGGCCCUGAGGUACUACUACCAGCGUGGCAUCCUGGCCAAAGUGGAGGGCCAGCGGCUGGCCUACCAGUUCAAGGACAUGCCCAAAAACAUCCGCGUGAUCGACGACGAGGAGGAGGGCGCGGAGCUGGAGGACAGCGAGGCCAUGGUGUCCAGCCAGCACCUGGUGCACCAGCAGGGCCCCGCCCACUCCCCGGCCAGCACCCAGGCUCAGCAGACCUACGUCACCGUCAUUCCCAGUAACGCCGGAGCCAGGCCCAUCCGAGCCAUGCCGGUGGUCAUGACCAACUCCCUCGGUCAGGUGACCCUCAACUCGUCCUCUAUCCUCACGGCCGCCACCGCGGGCGUGCCGGUCACCAUGGGCGGGGCCUCCACCAGCACGGCUCCCAAGCUGGUGAUCCAGGCCCUGCCCACCAUGCUGCCCGCCGGCUCCAAGGCCGGAGAGAAGAUCACCAUCAUCACCAUCCCGGCCAACCAGCUGGCCACGCUCAUGCAGACUAACUCCUCGGGCCAGCUGGCGCAGCUCAUCCAGGCCAAGCCCGUCGGCCACCAGCUGACCGCCAUCAAAACGUCCCCGGCGGCCCCGGCCGUCCAGCUGGCGGCCGGCCGCUCGGCCCCGCAGCUCAUCCUGGCCAAACCGGCCGCUGUGGCCCAGGCGCUGCCGCAGAUCUCCCUGCAGGUGAGCCAGCCCCCCCCGGCCGCGCCCCCCCAGCCCCAGAGAGCGUCGGCCGGACAGCCCCAAGCAGCACAAUCAGAGGUAGCGCGGCCCCCGCCGCCCCCCCCAACAAGCCCGCCCACAGCAGAGACUCCGUCCUCCUGA